AUGAAUGAUCUUGGAAGGCUUUCUUACUAUUUGGGAAUCGAAUGGCAUCAGGAGAAAAAUCACAUCGAGUUGAAACAGACAGCAUAUGUAAAAAAGAUUUUAGAAAAAGCUGAAACGGAGGCGUGCAAUCCCACAAAGUAUCCUAUGGAUCUUAAGGAACAUAUCACUAAAGAUGAAGGAGGCAAGCUGGUGGAUCCAACUGAAUACAAAAACAUGUUAGGAGGGCUACGUUACCUCGUACACACUCAUCCUGAUAUUGCCUACUCAGUAGGAAUAAAAGGAGGCAACAACAUGCUUACAGGGUACUCAGAUAGUGACUUGGGAAGCCAAACUGAUGAUAGGAAAAGAACAGGUGGGGUGGCGUUCUAUACAGAUGAUAGGAAAAGUACUGGUGAAGAUACAGAUUCAGUAACUCUGUUUAUUGACAACAUGUCUGCGAUAGAUUUGGCUUAA